CACACCAAGCCGAUCAAAAUUUAAAAACGCUAUAUCGAAAACCUAGAGUCGCGCAUAUAAUGGCUGUUUCGGCAGAAAUCGAAAGGGUAAUUGACCAGGGCAACUAUCUAAUGCCCGACAUCAACAUGUCCCAGAGCGAUUUGGCCACUCCCACCGAGCCCAUUGUCACCAAGAUCAUGGUGCACUAUCUACGCUGUUUCGGAUUCCGCGUCGAGCCGCCCUAUAAGAUUGGAUCUGAAUUAGCCCACUCGUCGCGGGAGGCGCGCGGCUUCCUCAUCCGAGUGUGCCGCCAAGUGGAGCGCAUCAUACAGAUCUGCUUCCCCAACAAGACCUACACCUAUCUGGACAUCAUUAAACCAGCUGUUAAGAAGACUCUGACCACCCUGAGCUACCUUUUCAAUUACCUGGCCUACUACAAAGUGUUCAAGAAAAGCGUGCUGGGACCUGUGGAGGAAGCCAUCAAGCUGAAGGAUUCGCUGACAGCUGAGCUGAAAGCCAAGAGCCAGCAGUUGGAGCAGCGCAAGCAGAAGACGAAGGAGUGCGAGGUGGCCAUUAGCCAGCUCAAGAAAGAUCUGCAGGAUACUCAAGCAAAGCUGCUUCCGCUGAAAAAGUCCUGUAGCGAGCAGACCAAUGCCCUGGAACUCAUCGAGCAGCAGCAGACUGAGCUGGACAUGCGCAUCGCUCACUGGGAGCAGCUGGUGGUGAAGGAUGGUCAAGUGAACGAGCUGCAAAAAAACAUCAAGAGCGCCAACUUGCACGUCGAGAGCUGCAAAGCAGAGCUGGCCAUUAAAAAGCAGGUGACCAACGAACAUCGCCGGGUGAUCGAGGCCAGCCAGCAGACAGUCACGGCGAUAGAGGAGGCCACGGCUGUAUUGCCCCUCGGCAAACUGGAGGAGUACAAGGAGAGCUCCAAGCAGCUGGAGGCGGUGGAGGAGCAAUUGGCCACCUUGGAGGCUAAUUACCGAAAGCGUUGCCAGGAUUUGGAGGCCAGGAAGCAAGAACUCUCCCUCAGCGAACAGCAGUGCGAGGCCAUGAAGCAGAUCAACGAAGCGGAGCAUCACAAGCUGCAGAAGGAACUCGAAAAGCUAAAGGCCGACCUUGAGGAAAGGAUGAACCAGAUAGAGAUCCUGGACAACACCAUCAUCGAUCUGGAGCAGCAGCGUUUGGAAAAAGAGCAGCUCCAUGCCAUCUUGGUAGAACAGCUCACUGAGAUUUUCGGCGAAAACUGGCAGUUGAACUCCACUUAAUAUACUGAUUUUAUUCUAUAAACUGC